AUGGAAGACCACACCUUUGUAAGUGCGCUUGUGGAACUGGUGGGUGCCCCCCCCCUGUUGGCGACUUGUCGCGUCGAGUCGUCAUGAAAUACUGCGGAAGCUGAUAGAUCGACGCAUUACUCUGAUGUCAUUGCAACCUCGCAGCGUUCCAUCGCCACUCGGGCCAGGAGCAUCAGCAGAGCACCGAGCGUCGGAGCUUCGAGCACAGUGAGUGCACCCUUUCGCCUUGACCUUCCUUCAUCACCCGCAGUCGUCCCGCUAAACACCCUGGCUCUCAUCGUUGGUUUGCUAUGCCUUUCUUGCGAUGCGCCCAGCGCUCGACUUCCGAGAUCUUGGCCGGCCCGUCGUUUGUUUCUAGCCCCAUCAAGACUGAGCCCGGUAUCAAGCCUGAACCGGGAACGAGCACCUCAGCAUCUACCCCAUCGCCUUCCACUCCCGCCCGCUGCACAUUUGACGCUGCACGAGCCAGAUUGACCUCAAGCUUCCGAGCCUCUUCGAUUGGCCUCUCUUCAUCUUCUCUUUCCGCACAGCGCGGACAGUCCGUGCCCGCUUCUUUUCGUGGGCGAUUCAGCACUCCAAACCCGCGCAAGAGGCCUUCUACGCCUUCCACUCCCUCUCCAAAAAGAAGGCGAAGCAAAAGCAAAAGCGGAUCCGUUGCACCAAAGACGACUUCGGCUUUGAGAGCAAGCUCGCUCAACCCUUCCGUGCUUGCCUCUCUAGGCGAGCACCGGCUGCGUUCUCCGUCGCUGUUCAGCAUUGCCAGAACUCGUACGCCAAGCGUAUCUCCUCGGUCCGUCCGAGGCUCCAUGGCUCCACCCAGCACGCCUCACAGACGACAAGCAAGCAAUGGCAACCGCGACGCCGCCGUUGGACAGCAUUCUCCAUUGGCUCGUCUUCUGGGAGCAGACCGAUCGAUCGAUCUCGAAGCUCUCGAGGCUUCCCCCUCGCGCGCAGCAGCGCUUCGCCGAGCCUCUGCAGCGCCUAGCAGCAGCACCAAUUGCCCGACAGCGCCGCCAUCAGUAUUAGCAUCGGCUCAUCUGCCGACCCGCGCUUCUGCUUCGAUUGCGAACGCAGAUCGCAUCGACAUGCUGGAUGAAGGCUACGACUCUUCAUCCGACGGCCAUGAUUUCCAAAUCACAUCGUGUCGCACUGCUUCGCCCACCAUGCGAUCGGAAUCAGGCCUCACAUCCCUCUCAGCCUCACCUCCGCCCGAUUUUCGAACGCAGCGAUCUUCUCGACAAGAUUGCGUCGUUAGGAUCUCGAUGGAAGGUCCAGGAGGGGUAAGUCUGGACUGCCAGAUUCCAAUCUCUCAGGAACUGGCCGCCAGAUCGGCGGUGUUGCGCGCAGAAUUCGCAAGAAUUCCAAGACAGAUUCAAAAGCGCGUCGAUGAGCUGCACAAGCGAUACGCCUGGUGA